AUGGUAGUCAUUACUCGUGCUACGUUAGCACGUCAACUGCCAUCACUAAAUCCAACUAGAACGAUUGUAUCAAGUGCUGUAAGGAAAAAGUACACCAAAAAGAAGAAAAGAACAGUUAAACAACGUACAUCAUCUAAGAAAAGAACAGUUAAACAAUGUACAUCAUCAUCUACUACUUCACCGCCAUUGCAACCAUAUAAUGAGGUCGCAGGCAAAAGUAAUAUUAUUGAUGCUAAUGGAUAUGAUCGGUACGGUAAUCCAACAGGAAGAGAAUACGAUUUGGGUCGAGAUGGAGCAUUUAUGGGAUUUAAUAUUUUAAUUGGACGGUUUUGUUACAUUGACACCCAGAAGCCAAUUGAUGCACUGAAGAUCAAAGGAUUUCAAGUGAAACAUGUAAUGACUGAAGAUGAAUGUAUAACAGAACUUGCUUCAAAUCGUUAUCAAAUUGUAUGGAUUAUCAGUUCUGGUCAAAUUCAAAAUUCGAAAUUUAUUUCAGCUUUAACAGCUUUUCAUUCAGCUGGUGGUGCUAUGUUUUUAUUUGCCGAUAAUACACCAUACGUAUGUCAUGCAUCUGAAUUUCUUACAAUGGAGGUGUGUGAGAUGAUAAGCGAAAAGAUGGCACAUA